CCGGGCAUUUCUGUAACCAAUAGUGUAUCCGGCCGCAGAGCGUUUACUGAAAACGUUGUUAGAUCGGCGAUAUGUAAGUGAUUUUAGUGUAUUUGAAAAAAUCUUUACGUCGAAUUAUCGUCGUAUCGCGUGUUUCGUUGUCCGGGGUAUCCGGCGACGUUUGACCACCAUGGAGAACUCAAACUCGGAAGGUGUCGUCCUACCGGACAUUUCCGAAGCCGAACAUCUUGCGAGCGAGCACGAUGGUGGCGAAAAUGGCGAGGAGAUUACGGAUUCAAAACAUCGUGUUUCCGUGCAAACCGUACGACAUGGAUCUGUUCCGGUUACAUUACCCGUUGGUUCGCUCAUCACCAGCACAUUUAACGUUAUUACGCAGGAUCAAUUACCCCAUUUUAAGCCCAUGCUAUGUGUAGAUAAUAAUGGAUAUAUUUCCACUGAUGGUUCCAGUGGUGAAUUAAAAACUAUUGUUAUCCAACAAGAAGACGUUUCGGCAGCCACGUCUGUUUCAAAUCCCGUUUCAGUUUCCGGUUCGGUCAGUUCAUGGAUUGAAGCGGCAAAUCUUCCUGUUUUGCCGGUGAGAUGUAAAAAUACUUCUGCCGAAUUACAUAAAAGUAGAUUUGGUUCUGGUGGUCGAGGAAGAUGUAUUAAAUUAGGAAAUACUUGGUAUACUCCAAGUGAAUUUGAAGCUCUCUGCGGAAGAGCAUCAAGUAAAGAUUGGAAACGAAGUAUACGAUUUGGAGGAAGAAGUCUUCAAACUUUAAUAGACGAAGGUGUUAUUCUUCCACACGCCACAAGUUGCACGUGUUCAGCGUGUUGUGAUGACGAAACUGCAACAGGACCGGUACGGUUAUUUACUCCAUAUAAAAGAAAAAGGAGGAAAGAAGGUGAUGGUACGUAUAAAAGAAGAGAACAUAGCGGGGACGAAAGUGAUGAAGGUGGUCAAGAAAGAUCAAAACAAGAAGCUUGGCAAAAUUUGGCAGAAGGAUUAGAUUCAAACGAGUACCCAAUAGAAGAAAAUUCAGAUCCUGUGGUAACUUUAAAACGAUUGGAAAAUAUUGCAUUAAGUGUUUGUCGAAUGAUGAGCGAAUUGAAGAAAGGAAUUGAAGAUGUUAAGGAAAAUGUUAACAGGCAGAAGGAACGAUUUCAACGUGAAAAAGAUGUUGCAGUUGUUGCUGCUCGAGUUGAAGCUCAAGUUGCUGCUUUACAACCUGAUAAUAAUGCUGAUUCUACAUUACAACCGUCCUUGGAUAAUGACCAUGUUAAAAAAUGCGCAAAUUGUAAUAGAGAGGCAUUAGCUGAAUGUUCUCUAUGUAGAAGAACUCCAUACUGUUCGACAUUCUGCCAAAGAAAAGACUGGGGAGCGCACCAAGUUGAAUGUGUUAGAAGUGUUCAACCAGAAAAUAAUAAUCAACAAUCAAUAAUGUUGAUUGUUGAAAGCGCGGACCAACAGUGAAAACGUGUUAAAGGCGUAAUUUAAAGGUAAAAUUAAGAACGAUAAUAUUUAAUAAGAUACAAACUCACUGUUAAUUUUUUUUUUACUUUUUCAAUGACAUAAAAUUAAUUUUUUAAUACAUAAAAGAAGGCAGCAAAGACAUUAAUUGGAAUUUAAAAAGUAAUUAAGUGACUACUUUACAUUUUUCUUUUUAUUAUUUUAUUCUUUUUAUUUUAACAAAGUUAUAACUCUCUUAGCAUAAUUUAGUAUAGGAUUGUUAAGCUUAAAAAAAAUUAUGAUAAUUAUAAAGGUACUGUUUCUUUGGUAUUGUCCUUGCUGGGAUUUGUGAUAAAUUUUGUACCAUCUGUACUUUCAUAUCUUUAAAAAAUAUUACUGAAACAAUCGUUUUAUUAAUUAAAUCCUCUUUUGUAAGCGUACUGUACAAAGUUACUCGAUGUUUAUUUAAAUAAAUAUUUUCUGAAAAAU